AUUUCAUGGAAAAAGGAAAUAUUGCUCACACUCGGAUAAGCAUUAACAGUUUGGAUCAGAAGCUGGUUCCUUCUGAACCAAAUAAAAACACUCAAAACUCAAAAGCAAAUAAGAGAAUUAAGAAGAAAAGCAAAAACUCUAAAAUAUAAAAAUAUUAGAACCAUCAAAGCCUAAAAUUAACCCUUCAAAAAAUAAGGAUGAACAAAAGGUUAAAUUGAGUGACUGAAUCAGAUUCAAAGAUACUCACAAUUUCGAUUCCUUGUAUGAUGAUUCACAGAUUGUAUAUAAAGAAGCUAUUAAGAAAUCAUUGUAUACUCUUGGUAGAAAGAAAUCAGAACAAAUAGGAAUUAAUAAGCAAACCCUUAAUCCUCGUAGCUCGAGUAAGUUAAGAGGAUCUAAAUCACCCACCCAGCCUAAACAGAAUUAACCAGUUGAAUAAGCCCCCAAAAACGCCGUUAACCUUGAAAGAGAACCAACCAAAAAACUCCCCAAAGUGAGAAUUAGAAAAAGCUGAUGAAACCCAACCAUUGUCUCGCAAAUUCACAAUUCCCAAAAUAAGAAAGCUAAAGAGAUAUCAGAACAGUGUAAUUAUCGAUAAAUUCUUUAAAAGAGAGAUUAACCAAGAAAAAGACAAAAUGGCUAAAUAACUCAUUCAUCCAAAGCCAUAUCAAUAGAAUCAACAAAAGGGCUGAGAGUUCAAAAUUUGAUAAAGUAGUCAUCAAAGACAUAAUGGUCAAUGACUUCAUGAUUCCUGCUGGCAAAUUAGAAGAAGAAAAAUAUGCGAGCAUACAAAAACACUCUACAAAGAGAAUAAAAUUAAGAGCAUUGAGAAGUAUUGAUAAGACUAUUGGGUCAUUACAAAAGAGGAUUCGAAGAUCAUUACAAAAUAAAUCUAUAUCACUUUCUCCAAGAAAAAGGAAGGUAAAAAUGACCAAAUCUUCUUCACAUGGGAAUUCUCUCCAAAAUAUUAUUGAAGAAAGCUUCUGAAGUAAAAAUAUUUUCAUGAGCAAUCUCAGCCUAUCUUCAAUACCAAACGCCAAGCUAAAACAUAAUCCUGUCCAUUUAUUAAAAAGUGUUUCAGAGGCUUCCCGACCAAAAAUGAUGCUCAAUGAGCCACUAGCAUGUAAGAAAGAGCAUAACUUCUUAACGGCUCCCUUCUGCAAGUCGCUUACACGUCAUAAAGCUCCUCUGGUGACUUCACAUGUGAGGAGAUCUACAUUUUCCCGGUAUAAGAAUUCAACUCUUGAUAAAACUCUGAAAUCUCAAAAUUUGAAAGAAUCUCCAGCAGUUCCUAAAAUUUUGAAUUAUGAUAAACAGCAGAAGUCAAUGAUUUUAAGAAGGAAACCUACAGCAGGCCACAAAAGAAUACCUCUUCCAAAAAGCCUGUACAGAUUAAUGAAGCUAUAAAUCAAGAGUGCUCCAAGAGUUAACUAUAAUAAUUAAUCAAUAUCAUUUAU